AUGGCACCAAUUGCGCUUGCUGACACUUUGUCGAAAGAGAUGGCAGGGGUAAAGACGAAACCAUUGGCGACAGUGUCAGAAGUAUCUGCGAUUGAGGGAAUCCAGACUGCCCUCGCCGCUGCACAAGCUCGAUUCGAGAAUGCGAAUCCGAACUCGAAAAACCAGCAUGAUCGAGCCGUGAAGAGUCUACCAGGAGGCAACACACGGUCAUUGCUCCAUACAUCGCCCUUUCCACUCAGCAUGAAGUCCGGGAAAGGGCCAUAUGUGUUUGACGAAGACGACCACAAGUAUCUUGAUUUUGUGGGCGAAUUAACGGCCGGCAUAUAUGGACAUUCGCACCCGGUGAUCAGAGAAGCCAUUCUGUCCACCUUCGACAACGUGGGAUUGAAUCUUGGAUCAACCACAGUCCAAGAAGAACGCCAUGCUUCAUUAAUGUGCGAGCGUUUCAAUGUUGACUCCAUCCGAUUCACAAACUCUGGCACAGAAGCCACCACGCACGCGCUGGCUGCUGCCCGAAGGUUCACGGGACGUAGAAAGGUCGUCGUCUUCAAUGGUGGCUACCACGGGGCUGUAUUCUCAUUCGGCUCUGGAAUAGCCCAGAACAACGUGGACCUCGAUGACUGGGUCCUUGCUAGGUACAACGACAUUGCAUCGGCCAGGACUGCCAUUGAGGGAACAUCAGGGCUGGCAGCCGUCCUUGUCGAGGGGAUGCAAGGCGCCGGAGGCUGUAUUCCAGCCACCAAAGAUUUCAUGCUCGCGGUCCAGGAGUCGGCUAAGAAGGCCGGAGCAGUCUUCAUUCUCGAUGAAGUUAUGACCUCCCGACUUGCACCUGGCGGACUCCAGAGUAUUCUGGGUCUGAAGCCGGAUAUGACCACAUUGGGCAAGUAUCUCGGCGGCGGGUUCGCCUUCGGCGCGUUUGGCGGCCGAGCGGACGUCAUGUCAGUCUACGACCCUCGCAACAAGGACUCGCUGGCUCAUUCAGGCACCUUCAACAAUAACACCAUGACCAUGCAUGUUGGCCACGCAGGACUGUCCAAAAUCCUGACCCCAGAGGUCAACAUCGAAUUCAAUGCGAUGGGUGACGCGUUUCUUGAGAAACUACGGACCAUCACGAAAGGAACGAAAUGCUGCUUCACAGGCCGAGGGGCCAUCUUGGCGGUCCAUUUCACGCCCACGGGUGCGCAAGAUAUCAACUGUGUUGACGAGGUGGAGGAGGACUUGGAGUUGAAAGAUCUCUUCUGGUUUGAGAUGCUGGAAAAAGGAUACUGGAUCACCAGACGAGGCUCGAUUGCAUUGAUCCUGGGAACACCUCAAGAAGAGCUGGAUAGGUUCGUCAGAUGCGUUGAAGAUUUCCUUGACAGGCAUCGAUCAAUCGUGGUGACCACGGCUUAG